AUGCCGAAAAUAAGUAAGAAAACGCAGAAACCACACAGACAGCGAGUUCUUCGCGAUGAUGAAAUUGAAAAGACUUUUGAGGAAAUUUAUGCAUCAUUGAAGGAUGACACGUCUGACGAGGAAGAAGGUGUAAGUAGGUACAUUCUCGUUUCUGUACCCGGCACACGAUAUCAACCAGGUGUUGGAUCAGCUACAAAAUUUGACGGAGGAUGA